UGUUGUAAUGCAUUGAUAUUUUGGUUAAUCUUACAGCCCUAUUUACUGACAUUUUGUCUAGCAAUGUGUCUAGUAGACCUGAGUAUUUGUCAGACUUGGAGUAAUGACUCUAAGUCCAUGCGUAUUAUCUCAAUCUUGAAUUACCCCGUUAAUGAUCCCAUUGCUAGAAUUGGAUAACACUUGUUUAUACCAGCUUUGCUAAAAAGUUGGCCCAAGAUUGGUAUAGCAGCUGACUUGUUCCUUUUUAUCUGGAGCAAUGCCAUUGAUCUUCUGCUGUUCUUUGUACCUGUUGGUGUCUAGAGAGUGUCUCGGUGAUAAGUGCAGUUGUUCAGGGAUGAUUUGGAAAUGUCUCCAUAUGCAUCUGCGUGUGACCUGAGUGCAGAUUGAUGCUAUGUAACUGAUAGUAAUAACAAACAUGGUAUUAAUACUUGGCAAGACUCCACUUUGUAUUUAUGGGCUGAUUACUGAGUGAGUCUACGAACCAGCAAGUAGAAGACUGUGUGGUGGACCUGUAUCGGUGAUGAUGAAGUUGCUGUGGGACUGUGUGGCGGGAUUAUUACAGGAAGGGACAUGUGACAGUGUGGGAAGAUUGUGGUAAAUGAUACUCAGUGGUGAUACCGAUUACAUGGCAUUAGACUGACAAACUGGGAGAUAACAUCCUGAAUCAGUGAUCCUAAGUGCAGCUUGAGGAGAGAGCAUGACCAGGGAAUGACAGUUCUUGUAUGAUGAUGGAUAGUGGAAGCGGUGGAUGAAGAUCCAUGGGUUUUCCUGGAUUGGAGCACCUGUAUGGCAAGUCACUGUAGAACAAAACCUUCCAGGAGCACCAAAACCUCAAAGCUUAAAAGUAUUCUGCACCUCAGCAGGCCAAUGACUAAACUAUGCCUCUCCACCCUCUUCUCAAUCUAUGCUGCCGAGUUCUUUAGUAGUAAUUCUUUAAUAUGGCAGAGACUAAAAACUUAUCUGUGCCUCGGUCCCGCCACCAGUCGGCUGAGAGCAGCACGAGCUGUAACACGGAGCACUCCGACAGCUCCUCCUCGUCUGACAGCUCCGUGGAAAGUCUCCCACAUGCUCCAGAUGGUGGAUGGGGCUGGGUGGUUGUGCUAGGGGCUUUCAUAAUCUCUGUUCUUUGUGAUGGAUGUGCAUUUUCCUUCGGAGUCUUGUAUACAGAACUUUUAGACCACUUUGGCGAAAGCAAAAGUAAAACAUCAUGGGUUGGCUCUCUCUUUGUCGGGGUUCCACUGAUUUGUGGACCUCUAGCCAGUGCACUGGUGACCAAAUUUGGAUGUCGGAAAAUGACAAUAGUUGCAGGAUUUGUCACAUCGGCUGGAUUCAUCCUCAGUUCGUUCGGAGACUCAAUAGAGAUGCUGUGCAUUACAUUUGGAUUGGUUGCAGGAGUAGGGAUGUCUUUCUGCUAUGUCACUACGGUAGUUAUAGUGGCUUUUUACUUUGAACAAAAGAGAGCUCUUGCAACAGGACUAGCUGUGUGUGGCUCAGGAAUAGGAACGUUCAUAUUUGCUCCUUUGACGGAAUAUUUGAUUGACGAAUAUGGGUGGAGAGGCACUGUGCUUAUUCUGGGAGGCGUGCUCUUGAACAUCAUUGUUUGUGGAGCUUUGUUCCGACCACUGAAGUUUACCAGAGCAGAAAGAAGAAGGAGGGCACUGGAACAGUUCGACAAGUUAUCCCGAACCAUUUCGCGCCAAAGCCUGCCUUCACGAGGCCGUAGUCGCUAUAGCAGUGAAGUAAGUCACUCAGACAGCUCUGCAGAAGAGACCAAAGACAACCAAUUUGAACUUGAACAAAUAAGUCAUUCUCAAGUGCAGCUCCCAACUUAUGUCAAUUCAGACCAAAAGACCGAAAUUCCACAAGAGGUUCUUGCCAAAUUUCGUAAAAAUGGUUCAAACAUCGAACAAACACUUCAAAGAUUCUUCCAUAGUCUGAAUUUCACAGUGACUGAUGAGCAGAUAAAGACUGCAGAAUUAUUGACAGUAACAAGUGAUGAUCAGAUUGUGUUGAUGACACAAGAACCUCAGGAAAAUAAACUCACCAAUGGUGUGUCCAAUACAAGCAAUGAUAUUCCCCAAAAUCGCCACAAACAGCAUCCUCAUCGGGGACAUGGGGUGUGGCAACGUAAGACACCCGUGAAACCCAGCAAGAUGGUGCAGUACCUUCCCCUCUAUAGGAAGGACAUCUUCUAUCGGGGAAACCUCCUUAAAUUGUCAGGAACACACUACAGAUCCAGCAGCUGCCCGGAGCUCUACAUAAGUUCAUUUGAUGAUGAUGAAGAUGACGAUGAGGAUGAUAUAUUUGAGAUAUGUCCUCUUUGCAAGAUUCUCCGCUUGUCAAAACAAGUGAAGAGGGUGAUGAAAACAAUGUUUGAUGUGAAGAUUCUCGGUAACCCUUUGUUUUUAGUAUUUGCAAUCUCCAACUUUAUUCUUUAUUUCUGGUAUGAUGUACCAUAUGUUUUCAUGGCUGAUAGGGCAACAGAGCUGGGUAUAUCACAGGAGAAGGCAUCGCUGAUAAUCUCCGUGAUUGGCAUAGUCAACACAUUUGGCCAGGUACUGUACGGCUACCUGGGUGACAAGAACCUCAGCCUCAACCUGCUGUAUGCUGUGUCCUGCAUCCUGUCCGGGGUCAGUGUCCUGCUGGUGCCGCUGAUGCAAUCCUACUGGUACAUGUGCACCCUAGCGGGCAGCUUUGGAUUCUUCAUCGGCUCCAACUACGCCCUGACCACAGUCAUGCUGGUGGAGUUCCUGGGGAUAGAUAAACUGACCAACGCCUGCGGAUUGCUGAUGAUGAUUCAGGGAAUUGCCAAUCUGAUUGGACCCCCUGUUGCUGGUUGGAUGUAUGAUGAAACGAAGAGUUACGAUGCCACGUUCUAUGCUGCUGGUGCUUUCAUCAUCAUAGCUGGAGCCAUGCUGCUUGUCAUCAAGUGUCUGAAGCGAGUGAGGAAGUGGCAGCGGAUGCGUCACUACAACCGAGAUAUUGUAGUGAAGGCAUCCUCGAGUGGGAGGCGGGUGCACAUACAGGAACCCAGCUGUGUGGUAGUGGAGAUCGAGUCUGUAGUGUGAGCUCACCUGUCAGUUUAGUUCACCUAUAGUUCACCUAUAGUUCACCCAGUAGCUAAAUACACCUGUGUGUUUGGUACCCAUACCAGAUAAGUACAUCCGUCACAUGAUACACCUGUGAAGUAGGUUCUCAGCAAUAUGUUCUGAUGACUGUCUCAGGGAUAUGUGGUUGUGUGCUGACCGAGGAUAAGACACUCAGUACUGUGGGUGCAUGCCACAUGGUCUUGGAUGAGGUCAUGAUGACAUGUGAGUUGCAUGCCACAUGGUCUAGCAUGAGGUCAUGGUGAUGUGAGUUGCAUGCCACAUGGUCUCGGGUGUUGCCAUGGUGACGUGAGUUGCAUGCCACAUGGUCUCGGGUGUUGUCAUGGUUAUGUGAGUUGCAUGCCACAUGGUCUAGCAUGAAGUCAUGGAGACGUGAGUUGCAUGCCACAUGGUCUCGGGUGUUGUCAUGGUGAUGUGAGUUGCAUGCCACAUGGUCUCGGGUGAGGUCAUUGUGUCGUGUCAGUUGCAUAUUACAUGGUUUAGAAUGAGGCUGUGGGUAUCUCAAGUUUGUUAUAAUAGUACUUGUCUCAGAUCUCACUUGAAAUGAUAUGUCUCACAUUAUGUACCCUAACAGCUAGCUGAUGUUUAAUCAUACUAUUGUGUAUUGACUGUUAACUCAUCUGGACCAUAGGUCAAGUGAGUUUAUAUUAUGGGCUACUUGUUUGAAAUCUGUUCACAAAACUUUGGUUCCAUUUCCAUCUAUUCCUUCAGAAAUAUCGGAAGGCUUCUCAUAUGAGUAUUACAUAGUUCAACUCAACAUUCAUAUUCUGUUUUGGUCUGCAGACCAUAAGUUUUGUCUUUAAUUAACCAGAACAUUUACUGGUUAGCACUAUUUUUUGUAUUUUAUUUUAUUGAUAUUGACAGAAGUCUUGUUUGGUGCUUAAAGCUGUUAUUGUUACACAGAUGCUGACUUCUAUGUGUUUAAUGUCAUUGUUUAUGAUAAUUAUUAUCAUGCUUGUGUUGGAAAGAUAAUUUCACUUUAGUUGAUGUCUUUGUUAUUUUACUCACCCUGAGCAUCUGUGUGAUGACAGGGAACCUUUAUCUCUUGUCAAUCAAGCCUUUUUAGAUUUUUUUAAUGAAGCUAUUGUAUGUUUUAUCUUUAGAUCAUGAGAGCUUGUUCAAGCGAUUCCUCUCUGUGUUUUAGGACUGUAUCUCUGACAUCUUUGGCUUUAAGAUAUUCACCUACCUAUCUCGAGAAAAAAUAUCAAAAUACCUGUCCUUCUUGCCAUCUUUAUUUUAUCUCAAGUGUUGUCGAUAAGUGAAUAGUGGUUUGUUCUUAAGCUUAAUUGACACAUGUUUAAUAUCUUAUUUCAAUGAUGAUGACAAAGCUUUAGAAGCAGCAAACAUUUUUUAAGUUUGUGAAGUCAAUCAAUAGUGUCUCCCUUUUCCGAUUCGAAAGAGCCGACAAAUCAAAUGUACUCUUUCUGAAUCAAAUCUGUUGCAACAUGAUCUAUUCUUCACAUUUUUUUACUUAUCAUUGCUUGAUUCCUCCUCUUCAAGACUUUAGUGAGUGAGUGAGUGAGUGGGGUUUAACGCCGCUUUUGACAGUAUUCCAGUUAUAUCACGGUGUGACAGCUUAAUGUGGGAGGAAAGCCCGAAGUGAUGCAGAUCUCAGACGUUUACCACUUCGGUGAAACCCACGAGCAUGGGUAUGGUGCUGACAAACCUAGAAACAUAAUCGGGGCGAACCAGGAUUUGAACCCACAAUCAUAGGUUUCUGGCCUGCCCAAGGGACGCAACUCUGCACUGAGACGACUGAGCCACCCGUGCCCCCCUUCAAGACUUAAGUGAGAGCAAAAAUUGAAUACCCUUUAUCUCUGAAAAUGAAUGACACAUUAGUAAUAGGUGUCGAUUUUAUAUAUGUGGGGAUAUGGGUAGACCAGUUCUCUAAGGUGCCACAAUGCACUGUUCAGAGUUGCAUCCCUAAGGCUUUCCCAAAUCUUAUGAUUGUGGGUUUGAAUCUUUGCCCCAAUUGUGGUUCUAGUUUUGUCAGUUUGUUUGAGCUACUGUUCAAAGUUCACUCAUGUCAAUCACAUUGAAGCAUGUUCUGUGGGUCUGUCCCACAACCAUCAGAACAUGUAAAGAUCCUGUUCUCUAGUUGGAUAAGAGACAUUUUCAGUAAUGUGUUUUUAGUACCUCACUAUGAAUAUUAAUCAUCAUAAUUAUCAGGCGAUGUUUUCUCUUGUGUUCAGGAUCAAGCUCUAAUUUGAUGUUGAUCUGAAAUUUUCUUACUUUGGACAUGUACUGAUAUAAGGAUUGUUGCAUAUCCCACAUAAAUCUCUCCAUAAUAAGUUUGUUAUCUUUCAUGUAACCCAGUAUUCUACUACCUUCUUGUUGUAUGUUGUGCAUGCUAAUCUCACUGGCAGAAGAUUUGGUAGAUGACAGUACCAGUGGUGGUAAAACCGGUUUGCCAGUUUAGAAUAGGGCAAUUUAUACACAGUAUUCUGAAAGUGCAGGAUCUGUUGGUUUAUUGGGGAUUUUACAUUAAUGGCCUCUACCUGCUACCUGAAACAUUUCAUCCAAACCCAUCCCUUGAACCAUAAAGGUAUGUACGAAAUCACAUGUACUUGUUUCAUGAAAUAAUUUUGUCCAUUGCCAGAAAACUCUUGAUUUGAUCAGGUUGUCUGAUGACAUAUAGCUUAGAAAACAGUUAAGAGCUGUCAGAAAGCAAUGGACCAUCAGUACUGGAGUGCAGUAUGGCCUGUUUAUUAUGUCUACAUUUAACAUUUGCAGGGAUACAUUAUGAGCUGUUAAUAGGUAUGGACAUGUUUGUUUGCUUAUGCCCCCGGUGCGUCCCAGCACACACAUUCCUGGUUGACAACCACGUCCUCUCCCCUCCCCCCAACCACACCCACAUUCACUCAUACCCCCUUAAGAUCUCCUUCUGACUAAAGCAGAUAUUACUCUGUGAAAAAAUCUGAUCUGAGGACAUUUUGCCAUAUCCAGUAGGUGUGUUGUCCUACAUUUUCCUGUGUUUACGUUGCAACCUGGGCCCCCUUCCACAAACCUAUCUUAAAGCUAUGGUGGUCAUAACACCCUUACUCAACAUAGACUUACCACAGUCGGAGCUAAGAUUGCUUUGUUGAACUGGGCCCUGAUCAUGUUGUUGGUUCAUGUAACAAUUUCAUUUAUUGAUGACUUCAUUUUCAAGGAAAAUCAAAAGAAAUAUUUUUUUGCAUCAUGCAUCAAAAUUGCCAUUACAGUUAAAGUAAAUUCAUUAGAAGAAUGAUAUUAAUAGUGAUGCAAUGCAUAUACUGCCGGGUAUAUGUGGAAGGAUGCAAUUGUUUGGCUCUGUGUAGGGAACAGAAUACACUAGAGAGCGUGUAUACAAACGAACAGUGACACUGAUCAGUGCUGUGUUCACUGCAUGAAUGAUACAUGUUUCAAGAAAUAUUUCUCUAUUCCAAAUAUGCACAAAAAAAACCUAGGCCAGAGAAAUGCAAGUCUGAUCAUGUUCCUUCAACUUAACCUUAGACAGGACUAUUUCUGUCACACUCUACUGUGACCUGUCACAAUGGUGUCUUGAAUUCCAUGUUCUUACAUCUCUUCUCAUAUAAUGCACUUUCUCAUUCACAUUCUAGUGUACUAUAGCACUGUGGUAGGGAGGUAGCUUUCUCUUCAUAUUUUGUACAUAUUACAUAAUAAUGUUGUUUGGGUAGCUCUCCUGUGUGAGUGCUGGACACAUCAGUUGUUUGACUAGCUCUGCUGUGUGAGUGCUGGACACAUCAGUUUGUUUGUCUAGCUCUGCUGUGUGAGUGCUGGACACAUCAGUUGUUUGACUCUCUCUACUGUGUGAGUGCUGAACACAUCAGUUGUUUGUCUAGCUCUCCUGUGUGAGUGCUGGACACAUCAGUUGUUUGACUAGCUCUGCUGUGUGAGUGCUGGACACAUCAGUUUGUUUGACUAGCUCUGCUGUGUGAGUGCUGGACACAUCAGUUUGUUUGUCUAGCUCUGCUGUGUGAGUGCUGGACACAUCAGUUUGUUUGUCUAGCUCUGCUGUGUGAGUGCUGGACACAUCAGUUGUUUGACUCUCUCUACUGUGUGAGUGCUGAACACAUCAGUUGUUUGUCUAGCUCUCCUGUGUGAGUGCUGGACACAUCAGUUGUUUGACUAGCUCUGCUGUGUGAGUGCUGGACACAUCAGUUUGUUUGACUAGCUCUGCUGUGUGAGUGCUGGACACAUCAGUUUGUUUGUCUAGCUCUGCUGUGUGAGUGCUGGACACAUCAGUUUGUUUGUCUAGCUCUGCUGUGUGAGUGCUGGACACAUCAGUUGUUUGACUCUCUCUACUGUGUGAGUGCUGGACACAUCAGUUGUUUGUCUAGCUCUACUGUGUGAGUGCUGGACACAUCAGUUGUUUGACUAGCUCUGCUGUGUGAGUGCUGGACACAUCAGUUUUUUGUCUAGCUCUGCUGUGAGAGUGAUGGUCAGCUCAGUUGUUUGACUAGCUCUGCUGUAUGAGUGUGUCACAUCAUUUGUUUGACUAGCUCUACUGUGUGAGUGGUGGACACAUCAGUUGUUUGACUCUCUCUACUGUGUGAGUGCUGAACACAUCAGUUGUUUGACUAGCUCUACUGUGUGAGUGCUGGACACAUCAGUUGUUUGACUAGCUCUACUGUGUGAGUGCUGGACACAUCAGUUGUUUGACUAGCUCUACUGUGUGAGUGCUGGACACAUCAGUUGUUUGACUAGCUCUACUGUGUGAGUGCUGGACACAUCAGUUGUUUGACUAGCUCUGCUGUGUGAGUGCUGGACACAUCAGUUGUUUGACUAGCUCUACUGUGAGAGUGAUGGUCAGCUCAGUUGUUUGACUAGCUCUGCUGUAUGAGUGUGUCACAUCAGUUGUUUGACUAGCUCUACUGUGAGAGUGAUGGUCAACUCAGUUGUUUGACUAGCUCUGCUUUAUGAGUGUGAGUCACCCAGAAAGAGAGUAUAAAUCUCAUAAUUUAGUAGCUCUCCUGUGUGAGUGCUGGACACAUCAGUUGUUUGACUAGCUCUGCUGUGUGAGUGCUGGACACAUCAGUUUGUUUGACUAGCUCUGCUGUGUGAGUGCUGGACACAUCAGUUUGUUUGUCUAGCUCUGCUGUGUGAGUGCUGGACACAUCAGUUUGUUUGUCUAGCUCUGCUGUGUGAGUGCUGGACACAUCAGUUGUUUGACUCUCUCUACUGUGUGAGUGCUGGACACAUCAGUUGUUUGUCUAGCUCUACUGUGUGAGUGCUGGACACAUCAGUUGUUUGACUAGCUCUGCUGUGUGAGUGCUGGACACAUCAGUUUUUUGUCUAGCUCUGCUGUGAGAGUGAUGGUCAGCUCAGUUGUUUGACUAGCUCUACUGUGUGAGUGCUGGACACAUCAGUUGUUUGACUAGCUCUGCUGUGUGAGUGCUGGACACAUCAGUUGUUUGACUAGCUCUACUGUGAGAGUGAUGGUCAGCUCAGUUGUUUGACUAGCUCUGCUGUAUGAGUGUGUCACAUCAGUUGUUUGACUAGCUCUACUGUGAGAGUGAUGGUCAACUCAGUUGUUUGACUAGCUCUGCUUUAUGAGUGUGAGUCACCCAGAAAGAGAGUAUAAAUCUCAUAAUUUAGUAGAGGUAUUUAAUCCCACGUGUAGCUGAUUUGGUGUUAUCAUCUUGCAUUUAUUCAUAUGUUGUUUAUCUUAAUUCCGAGGCCUUUUUCAAAAAUAUGUUUUGAGUUUAUUGUGUCUAAAAGGAAGUCCUAUUUUGAUUUGAAUUUGUUAGCUGAAUACAUGUCUUUUUGAGACAGACACUGGGACUCUGAUAACAUCUUCUUCAGUGAGUUAGUGCCAAACAGUCCUUCCAGAUUAGAUAGUCUUUGAGUAGCACUCCAGGAGGAGAGCCGUUAUUCCAUUACUUGGUGUUUGCAAUAUUUUUCUGUCUCUGUAACCUUCACCUUCUUAUAUUCAGUCUGGUUAAACCAUAAAUGUAUAUGCAUGUGUCAAUGAAUUGUGUAUACCAUGAAAUGGGUAUUAUGACUUCUGAAGGAUAUAACAUGAAUUAGUUUGAGCUGGAAUUGUAUAAAUGCAGAUCCAAAAUGAUGGGCUGAAAAACAUCAGAGCAUCAGGAAGAGAAUUUAUGGAUGUCAACUUCUUUAUUAUGAGGAACACAACGUUUCGGAGUAUAUACUUACUCAUUCAUCAGGUGAUGAAGGAGUAGGUAUGUACUCUGAAACAUUGUAUUCAUCAUAAUAAAGAAGUUGACAUCCAUAGAUUCUCUUCCUUAUGUGUAUCACUUCUCAAUGCCAUUCAAAGACUUGACAGAGCAUCAGCUUGUUAUGUAGAUCAGAAACCACAAUGGUAUUACUAUUUAGAUAUGUAAACAUUUACUUUGUUGCAUUUCUAGGUAGUCCAAGCUCAAGUUUGGGAUGCAAAUUGUAUUGCAAGAUUUACAUGUGAGUUUUGUUGAGAAACACUACAGAAUUGUGACAGUCAUUCUCUCGGUGUUAAGAUAAGAUAAGAUAAGACUUUAUUUUGCCAUGGCAAUAUGAAUUUCCCUUGGGAUAAUAAUGUCUUAUCUUAUCUUAUCUUCUCUUAAGUAGUUCCUUGUUCCUCUCUGCCACUUGGAGGAUACUAUAGAAAACUUCCACACAAUGUAAUGAACUGAUCUCACCAUUCUGAUCAUCCUCUACUGAAGAACAUCAGAACAAAGCAAAGAAAACAUUUUAAUAGCUAUUUAAAAAAAAAAUUGUUUUCUUCAGGAAAGACUUUAACUAGACUUGGUGUUAUCUUAAGUUCUUAAAUGCAAGUUAAGCUACACUGGCUGUACAUCAUGGUACAUAGGGGUGAAGGUUUGGUCAUGUGGUUUUUAGAAAAGACACUCAAGGGUUGCACAAGAUUAAAUUUUGACAUAAAUUCAGUGUUAAUACUGGACCAACAGCUCAGCACGGCCUCAAGCAAAGGAUAUAGUUCUUAUUUCUGAUGACCCUUUCAUUUAUAUUCCUUUGCUUCCAGUGGAACACUUUGACCAGUUAAUUAUUGUAAGAGGCAGUUCAUUGUAUUGAAAUAUAGGGAUUUUCAGUGGUGUUUUCCAUGUGUUUUUGUGGACAGGGUAGUGAGUCAUCUGGUGGGAGAUGUGAUGAUUUGAUGAUGUGACAGACUGUGUGGAAGGCUGAUCUCAGAGGUUAUUGGUGGAUAGAUCUGUGUUGUGAAGAUGGCUGUAGAUCUGACUGAUGGUUGUACUGUUGAUAGCAGACAUCAGGAUGUCAGCUACAUGGAUAUGAGAUGUCUCAGGAAAUUGUGAUGGUGUCUUGCCUUCAGAGCUAAAGCUGUGUUAUAUAACUUGAACAUAUUGCAGAACAGGUCAUUCCAAUGUACAAGUUUGUCCUUGCUUUUGUUACUGCUAAGUAGAGAGGUUGUCAUAAGUGACCUUCAUAGCUGAUUUCUGUAUGCACAUACCCAUGAACUGUCCUUUAAUAAUUGUAAGUGGAAAUGUUAGUAUACCUAUAGAGUUGUCUCUGGUUAUCUAUCACUAAUUUUAACUUUAGUUCGCAUUUUUUACUAAGCCAUUGAAAACAGAAUAUGAGGAAGAGUUCAAAAUUGAUUGGAACCAGAGGAAUAGAAAGUAUUAAGAGCAUAAUAUGUCUAAGUCUUUUAGGGUAGGUGAGAUAGUGAAAUAUUUUGCUUUUGCUGAAACUGUGAAAUGUUCAAUGAUGCUAUUUUACUGCCUUAACCAUAUAUGCCUGUGGCUUGGCUAUCUUGGCUUGCCCAGCGCCAGGUGCCCUUGCUUGCUCACCCGCUACUGUGAUACCAGAACUCCCUCUGUGAAAUGCUUCAUUUCAUUAUCUGUACCUCAAAAAGCCUCUGCAUGGUAUAGAACAAGCACAGGCAUCUUGAUUGUGAAUUUGAUUGUGAAAAACUUGCAUGUUCUGCUUAUCUCACACAAGUCAGACUGAUUUGUUCAAAUGCAACUUCAAUAAUGUUCUGUUAGCAUCUACAUUCUUUGUUUGUUGUGUGAAGUGGGCGUGGUUGUUGAUGAAGCGGCCAUUGUCUAUUCUGCAUCCACAGAUGCUUAUCCUGUCGCUGCUUAGCUAGAAACUGGGAAUGUUAUAAAUGGAGACAGUCCGAAUGAGACACCCCGAGUGCUUUUGUCUCAAUUGGAUCUGUGAUAUGGUCCAGAAGGUGACGUGAUCAUCAGAUGUAUAGUGUUUUAGUGCUGGUUAUGUACCAAGCAGGGAAAUGUCACAUCACAGACCUGAUUGACACAUGAGAUGCGAUGUCAGGGUAGCAAGAUAAGUAUGACUUACGUAGCCAGAUUUGUAUUUUUCUAUCACUGCAUAGUUGUGCUGGUAAGCAAUCCGGAUGUACACAUAUGACUGUUAUGCUGCAGCUCUCUGGUCCUAGAAUGUCCUGUACCAGCCCUACUGUGUAUAUAUUAUACAUCCCCAUCCUUGUGCCAACACCAUCAGUGAAUGAUACGGUGUUCCUGUUCAUAGUUUUCCUUGACAGCUCAUUGCUGUGUCACCAGGGUGCCAUUGUACAAAGCGAUCUUAGCGCUAAGGUGAUCAUAACUCCCAUACCUUAACAUAGACUUACGACAGUCGUAAGGCUAAGGUUGUUUUGUACAAUGGCACCUAGGUCUUAUUCCACAUGUUAUUGGUGUAUGUCAUACCUAAGUUGAAGUGGAGUGCUUUGUAACUUUACAAACACAAAAAUGUAUAUACCUUGUCUCGUCUUGGUGAUCUAGGUCUGUUUUAUAGUAUGGGAGUUACAAUAGUCUUAACAGGGCGUAGGUACAAUGGACACAGGGCAUAGGUACAGUGGAGAGGGCAUUGGUACAAUGGACACAGGGCAUAGGUUCAAUGGACACCGGGCGUAGGUACAAUGGACACAGGGUGUAGGUACAAUGGACACCGGGCAUAGGUUCAAUGGACACCGGGCGUAGGUACAAUGGACACAGGGCGUAGGUACAAUGGACACCGGGCAUAGGUUCACAGGGAGCUGUCAGUUCGCGAAGCAGAACUAUUUUGUUAUGCAUCGAAGUUGUUGAACAUGUUUAUUAUGUUUGUUUUAGUGUUGUUACUUUAUUAUUUUGUACCCAAGGGGGCAUAAUGUAUUUGUGGAUGACAAUGGGGUUUACAGUUAUUCAACAGUAUGACUUGUAUGACAUUUUAUUUAACCAGGUUGUUUAUUAGAAUAUAUAAACAAUUUGCUGUGUUAUAUCCAUUUCUAACUUUUCACUUCAACUUGUGAAAUCCAAGUGCAUAUCCCUGUACAAUACUUACUACUUGUUUUAUUGUCUUAUGAGAAUAAACUUUAAAGGCAG